AUGGCAUACGAAGAUCCAGACAAGUUCAUCUCCGACAGCACCCUCUUCUUACUCCCCGGCGCCAUGAUCCUCUGGCUCCUCAUCUUCAUGAUCGUCACCCUCAGCUACAGCGUCAACAGCCCGCCCAAGGUCAUGCCCCGCGCGGUGAACCUCGGGCUCGUGGGCGUCGCGAGCGUCUUCAUGGGCCUCUGGCUGCUGGGUCUCAUGGUCUGCUACUGCCGCGGCACGUUCCUGAAGGGCCGGUCGGGGCGGGACGUGGCGCCGGAACCGCCCGGCUGGGGCGAGGAUAUGGAGAAGAGGAUGUGUAAGUUGGAGGAGCAGACGAAGCCGCCGACGCCGCUCCCGGGACAGGCGCAGCGGAAUCAUCAGCAAGAACAGAUUAGACAGCGGGAUGAGCGCCUUCUCAAGAGCAACCAAUUCAGCAACCCAUUCAUCCUCAGAGUUUCCAACCGCUUUAUUCUCAGCAAUUUCCAACACAACAACAGCCACUUGGACAACAGCAGCCCCUUCCACAACAACAACCUCAUCCAUACCCAGUACAACCAGAACCUGUGCGUCAUUACAAGGCCUUCCAACCGCAAGCUCAGCACCAACCCCAACAACAGGCCCAUCAAGAUGAUCUCGCAACCGCCAACCGUCUCCCGGCCGUGCAAACCGAUACCCACCUCUCACGAGCGGUUACAAUUCCAGUAUCCAGAACACACCGAUUACGAUGUAUCAUCCUCCUCGCUCAUCAAGCCAGCCUCCGAGGGUCCGGUCGACCGUGCAGGAAGUCUCAGAGAGCCCUGGCUCGCCGCCGAGAGGAAGAGUGAGUCGCCGCCAGGGUUCCGACAAUUUGAGACGGAGUCGCAGUUCGCCUCCUCCCGGAGAGGCCUUGCAGAGCGGAAGGCAUUGGGAGCCUGCUCAAGACCAUCACAGACCAUUUGCACAGAAUGA